AUGCCACCCAAAAAGGCAGUUGCUGGUGCCCAGGUUAGAAUCAAAUCGGGAAAAGUCUCUUGCGGAAGAAAAGGAAAGUGCGUCCACUGCGCAGUCGCAGCGGAAAGGAUCUGUCAGCGUUGCGGCGAUUACUACUGCUCCAAGGACUGUCAGGUCCAGGAUUGGCCACGUCAUCGCUACAUUUGCUUCCCUCUGCCCGCUCUGGUCCAUCCCAUCCAUUCGGUGUUCCAGAGCUGCCAUGAGUUAUCUUUGGAGGGUGCAUGUUCGGUUAAUAGUGAUAAAACCGUAGUUGGGGCAACUCUAGCCAGCUCUCCAAGCCUAUCCGAUGUGGAGGGCAAUAAGAUUUCCAGUGCCAGCAAUAUUGCACCCCAAAACAAAAUUCCGAUUCUUCCGCCAAAAGCGAUCAUGCCUCCCAGCAAUAGUCUGGUAUUUAUAAUGGCAUUCAAAUCCGCGAAUCGCUGCUAUAUUCGCGAUGCCAGCGAAGUUGCUGACAGGGCAUUUGCCCAAGUUUGCGAAAAGUCUUUGGUAAUACACCGCCGACUACAACUUCUGGAUCAUGGAGUCGUUACGUCGAGAACUGUUUCGGAAAUGCGGGAGAUCAAUGAUGAGUUGUUAUCCCUGCCCUGCUUCACUCUGCAGGUGCAGCUCAAGGAUGUGCCCAACUAUGCGGUAAGCGAAGAUUUCUUCGCAUUCACCUCGCAAUUCGAGGGCGAGAUGUAUGUGGCAGUCCAUGAAAAAACUCCUGGGUGCAUACAAGUAGAACUAUUGCAUCCAGAGACAAAAAUGUCACUAAAUGCAAAAAUACGUGAUUACUGCGCCAACAAAAAGAUUUACGAAAAUAUGAACUCUUAUAAAAAGAAUGAGAAGCUUAAUCGGCCAAUUCCCCCAUCUGGUCAGCAAACUACCAAAGAUAAUAAAACUAUUGCAAGUGCUGUGGUCAAUAAUUCUCUGGCUGUUUCUCAAGGACCACAAAUAACUACCCAGGAAUUUUUAAACAAACUAGAAACAGAAGUAAAGAAUCAGAGCGAUCCUAGAAAUGCUUUGUCUUUCUCAGACAAAAAUAAAGAGACACCAAAGAAGCCGAGUCCAACAGCUGGACAAGAAACAAUUACUCAAAAUCAGUCUAAACCAGUUUUUGAAGUUGGCAAUAAUACUUCAGCAAAAGUAGAGCCCCAAGUAUCCUUAAAAAAUAAAGAAACUGAGGCUAGCAUUCAGAUCGAUCAAAUUCAAGGAGUAACAGCAGCUUCACCCCAGAAGAACAUUAAGAAAGAUGAGCCUAGUGACUUUUUCCGUUCUUAUUUUAGUGAAAGGGGUAUUAAAGAGCAGGAUUUUGAGAAAAUGUCCCCAAGCGAAAAAUUUAGCUGUUUUUUUGGAUCCCGCGCGACUAUUAAAGAUAGUAAAGAAACACCGUCCGUUGAUCUUUCUAAAGACUCUCAGUUAACCAAGAAAAUAACAUUGACAAAAAGCCAGCUGUUCAGGAAUCAAAAAAAGAGCAGGAUCUUAAGAAAAUGUCCCCAAGCGAAGUAUUUAACUGUUUUUUUGGAUCCCGCGCGGACAUUAAAGAUAUUAAGAAAACACCGUCCGUUGAUCUUUCUAAAGACCUCUCAGUUAACCAAGAAAAUAAUAUUGACCAAAAGCCUGCUGUUGAGGAAUCGAAAAAAACCGAAGAUAGCAUUUCCAAGACUUUAGUUGGAUCCAAAACCAAAGAUGAAGGAGCAAGCA